CAGCGGGACAGGGGGCAAGCACCGUGACGGGAAUGGCCUCCACCGUUGUCCCUGCCGUCCCUGCGGCCAAGAAUGUGGUGGUCUUUAAGAAUGGAGACCCGUUCUUCACCGGGAGGAAACUUGUGAUCAACCAGAGACAGAUUCUAACCUUUGAGACUUUCUUGAACGAAGUGACGAGUAACAUCCAGGCGGCGGUGGCGGUGAGGAAUAUUUACACCCCGAGCGGUGGGCAUCGAGUCCUUGACUUGCCCGAACUGCACAACGGCUCCCACUAUGUGGCCGCGGGCUUCGAGAGGUUUAAAAAGAUCGAUUAUUUGCAAAAAAGGAAUCAAAAACCAAAUGGAAACAGAAGAAAGAAUGGGGCGAUGACGCGGGUCGAUUACUCCUGCAGGAGGAAUGUGUCUGGCCAUUGGAAGAAGUGUAUACACAUGCCGUGCAUCGUGAAUAUCUUCAGGAACGGUGACCUGCUGAGCCCACCUUUCCGGCUGAUUAUUCCCAAGCACGUGAUGUCAGACUGGGAACAGAUCCUUGCUCUGGUGACAGAGAAGGCAAAUAUCCGGACUGGAGCCGUUCGUCGUGUGGGUCAGUGUGGGCCGGUGCGGGCCGGUGUGGGCCAGUGUGGGCUGGUGCGGGCCGGUGUGGGCCAGUGUGGGCUGAUGUGGGCCGAUGUGGGCCAGUGUGAGCCGGUGUGGGUCAGUCUAGGCCAGUGUGAGCCGGUCUGGGCUGGUGCGGGCCAGUGUGGGCCAGUUUCGCCAGGGGUGAGGAGUGUUUUCAAAGUGAGUGAGGAACGAGCUGAGCUACACGGAGCUCUGGAGAUCGCGGACGAUGAAAACACGAAGGUGGAGCUGCCGGUCGACAAGAGAGCGGCUGAAGUUAUUGAAGAUGAAAUCAUCGCUGAAGAUGGGACACACCACAUUGAGGUAAGACAUAGAACAGUACAGCACAGGAACAGGCCCUUCGGCCCACAAUGUCCGUGCUGAACAGGAUGACAAGUUCAACUGAUCUUCCCUGCCUGCACGUGAUCCAUAUUCCU